UGCCGGUGGUGGCCGGUUGGGCCCGGGAGCUGUGGACAUGGAGCCCCAGAGAGCCACGCCAUCCUCGAAGCCUCACCCGCCUGUGGUGGGCAAGGUGACGCAUCACAGCAUCGAGCUGUACUGGGACCUGGAAAAGAGAGCACCGCGCCGAGGGCCUCAGGAGCAGUGGUUCCGGUUCUCGAUCGAGGAGGAAGACCCCAAAAUGCACACCUACGGUAUCAUUUAUACGGGAUAUGCCACAAAGCAUGUCGUGGAAGGCCUGGAGCCACGGACCCUGUACAGAUUUCGGCUGAAGGUGACCAGCCCCUCUGGCGAAUUCGAGUACAGCCCAGCGGUCUCAGUGUCUACGACCAGAGAACCCGUAAGUAACGAGUAUUUCCAUCGAGCGGUCAACAUGAAUGACGAAGAUCUGCUGGUUCGAAUGCUUCAAGGAGGCAACGUGAAGGUCGAUGUCCCCAAUAAGCUGGGCUUCACGGCGCUGAUGGUGGCGGCUCAGAAAGGGUACACCAGGCUUGUGAAACUCCUCAUUUCCAACGGCUCGGACGUGAACCUGAGGAACGGAAGUGGCAAGGACAGCCUGAUGCUGGCCUGCUACGCAGGACACCUGGAAGUUGUGAAGUAUCUCCGGAGACACGGCGCUUCUUGGAAGGCCAGAGACCUGGGGGGCUGCACGGCUCUGCACUGGGCCGCAGACGGGGGCCACUGCGGCCUGAUCGAGUGGAUGAUCAAGGACGGCUGCGAGGUGGACGCCGUGGACAGUGGCUCCGGCUGGACCCCCCUCAUGAGAGUGUCCGCCGUCUCGGGCGACCAGCAGGUGGCCUCCCUGCUCAUUGAAGGCGGGGCCGACGUGAACGUGAGAGACAAAGAUGGGAAGACGCCGCUGAUGGUGGCCGUGUUAAACAAUCACGAAGAGUUAGUCCAGCUACUUCUAGACAAAGGGGCGGAUGCGAGCGUAAAAAACGAGUUCGGCAAAGGCGUCCUGGAGAUGGCCAGGGUGUUUGACAGACAGAACGUCAUCUCCCUGCUGGAAGGAAGGAAGAAGCAGCAGACGCCAAGAAGCCGGCCGUCCCCUCCGUCCCCUCCGUCCCCUCCGUCCGCUGACCCGGGCGCUGCUUUCCUCCGAGAGCCGAGCGACAGAAAGCAGAACGUGACCUCGGCUCUCAGAGACGUGUGACGCAGCGUCUCUGAGGGCUGUCCAUUGGAGUAUUUAUUCCGUUGAAGAUUCGCCGUGACUUUUGUAGCACACAGCCGUUCCCACUUCGAAAUACACCUCUUUACACAAGCACUCGGGGCUCUGCUGUGGUCCCUGGGUGUCUGCAGAGUGGGGGUCCUGCUGUUGGGAUUCAGACAAACACACACAGUCGCCUGCCUCCUGCCCCGCCCCCACGCCGACCUCUGGGCUGUUCCGGGACCUUGCGGGACUCCUCUCCCUUGCGUGGUUUCGGUGACAGUGUGCCCGCCCAAGGUCAGGCCGUCCAGGAGGUGUCUCGGGCUGGUGUUCCGUCCUGGACUGACGUUCCUCCCGAAAGCCCAGGAGGCCAGGGGCCAAGUUCUCUCCUUAGCUGCUGGCCACACGUGGGGGCCCUCCACACGCGGUCCAGGACUCCGAGGCGGCUGUCGGAGGGGUCUGGGGGAGGGUGGGUCUCUCCCGGACAGACCUGCCUGUGAAUGUGCUUGUGAAAGGCCUGGGCUGCUGGCAGGUUGACUGCUUUGCCAAAGAGCAUAUUAAAAUCAGCCUCUGAACAGAAAUGUGUUUUCAGGCUGACCACGCACUGUGGAGAGAUGUGGGAGUUAACCUUGGCAAGGUCCGCUGUUUGGGGCUUCGCCACAAACGGGGAACUUUGACCCGGCAGGCAGCCACCUGAGCUAACAGGUAGCAGGCGGUGUGUGCGUGGUGUCUCCCGAGAGACGCUGGUUAC